AUGGAGGUGGGGCUGUGUCAAGAAGCUUCAUCCUCAGGUCCACACAACAAGAGGAGGUUCUUCAUUACAUCCAGUAUGCUUUCAGGAGGUGGCCACUCGUCUUCCGACGGAUCGUCUUCUUCCUAAUGAUGACUUGUUUGUUAAUCAAUCAGAGAUGCUUUACUCGAUAGAUUCGUGAUCUUUUUAUUGCAAAUUAUUCAAUAAUUUUAGUAAUAAUGCUCCACGAAUCACAUUGAUGAGAUUUUUGUUGAUGAUUCAAUGAUUAUGGUGACUUAAUCCUUUACUGGUAAUCUGCAGGAAAGUUGUAAUAAUCAGAUAAAAAAUAUGAGUUUAGUUUUAGGAAGAUUCAAACUUGUGUCAGUUGCUCAUUUAUAUGAGAGAGAUUGAUAUAAGUACUCUAAUGCUUUUAUCAAAUGACAUCAUCAUGAUAUAUCUCUAUUAUAAAUAAGGAUAUUUUAGAUAUUAAAAUCAUCAAACCCUUUCUAGGGAAGAUGUGACAUGGGUUUAAUCCUACAUUGAUUGUGCGUUGAAGUUUUGGACGAAUAUAUAGAAUAUUACAUUUGUAAGUAAGUCCCUUUCUCUCGCAUGUACGAUUACUCUUUGUUUCACAACUGAAGUGGUGAAUAUGUGCCCCUAUCAGUCCUUGCUACUCAAGCUCUUGCUUAUGGCUCCUGCUCGACUGCACUUUUGACUUGCUUGCGGCCCCAGCUAGCUAGUGGGUCCCCUCUCAUUUUAUUACAUUUUUAUUUUUAUUUUUAUUUCUUUAUUUAUUUCAAAAGUAAGACUAUAAAAAUCAUAUAAAUUUGUAUAAAAUCAUAUAAUUACCUAAAAAUUCACAUUAAUCAAUUGAAAAUCACUUUUCACACUUUAACACAAAUAUAAGUCUAUUUAUCAUGAUUUAAGACUAAAACUAUUUUAUUUACUAAUUAUUAACUCAUGAUAAUGAAGACUUAUAAAUAUUUCAUUGCAGAUUAAAUAAUAAUGACACAAAUACUAUUUAUUGAAGUUUGUUAUGCAUUUUAUUGGUCAAUUUUGUCACUAUUAAUUCAUGAUGAGAGAGGUUGUUAUGAAAGAGGUAAACACUAUGAUUAUGAUAGUAGCAUUUGAACAAGGAGGUUUUUUAGAGGUUUUUCUUCAUAGAUCUCUACACACUAGUGACAAAACCAACCUAAUGAUAGAUCGCUUAUUACUCACAACUAAAAUUUUGCUAAUCAUUUGGUUGUCUAUGUGACUGCUUAUUGUUGACUACCUACAUCAAAUGUAAUACCAUUGUUAGGUCACUCACCAUCAUGAUAUUUAGUUAUUGGUGUUAGUCACCACAUCACCCUAGACAUACUAUCUUCUUUGACUUUACAAGUUAUAUAGGUUUUGAUAGACUACAAGUUUGAAAUGGAAAGGUUUAUCCAUUUCCCCCGAUCCAAAAGUUUUAUUUGUCCUUCAUGUUUUCUCUACAUAAAUAAGGUUCUCUUUGUUUCUUCAAUCACUCAAGAUUUACUCUAUAUUAUUAAUUUAUUUUUUAUGAAAAUACUUUUGUUGAACUUUACUCUUCUCAUUAUUUAUAAAUUCAACUAAGAUGAAGUUUAUUCAACAAAGGAUCAAACAAUAGAUGGUUUUAUGAAACCUUGAAUCAUCUCAAGUUUAUCAAAAUUUUAGUAUUACUUGGGGUUCUCAUCAAGGGAUGGUGCUGGUGAUGAUGUAAACACAAAAGAACCCAUUAGUCAGGGAAAACAAUAAAAAGUAGCCUCUACAAGUUGAGGGGUAUGGUGCAACUGUAAAAGAGCCUAUCAGGUUAGACCUACCAUGAUAUGAAGUGGACUGUUCACAUCAGCCUUUCCUCACUUAAUAGAACAUUUUCUCUUCUGUUCAAUGUAUUGUAUUAAAAAUUUUACUUUAGAGUUUCAACCUCCACGAGUGCUCCUAUCCCUCAUUUUAUUCUAGGUCAUCUUGUCAUUAAAUCUGGGCUAUUUUACGGCUCCAUUUGGGCUUCUUUUCCUACACUAGCAGUAAGAGGGCCAUUACCUUCUAUAAGUUCUGCCACUUCUGGUGCUCCACCUGUGCUUCUCCACGAUGGUGAGGAAGUGAGGAUUCUACACAUAAAUACCCAACAGCACAUCAUAUUUUUUGAAACCCACCUUCAACAGCCUAUUGGAGAAGAAGCUAUGCAACUUGAUCGCUAGUGCGACCACAUCCAUGAGAUUCAUCAUCCAGUCAAUGGACUUAAUAAGCUUGGAGAAAAUAUAUGCACAAAUCUAGAACAACAUAGACCUCAAACUAGAGAGAUCUGACUAGCACAUGAGGGCCGUGAUUGGCGAUGUUCUGAAUUAUUGUGAUUGGGAGGAAGGGUUGUUUUUCUUAACAUUGAGAUACAUAUUUAUAUAAAGUGUAACUUAUGGGAGUAUCAUUAAGGUUAGUCUUUAUUAAAGUGAUUUAUUGAGGAUUAAGUGUCUAAGAUUAAGGUAUCUCAAGUAAGUAUGGGUUGAAUGUAAUAUGUGCAGAAAAUAAGUCUUAGUUAUAAUGUAUGAUGAAAAAUAUGGAAAAGUACAACAAGAGAUAGUAACAACCUCUUGUCUAUUUGAGUCAUGGUCCUUGGAUCCUGUAUGGUGAGAGUCACAUUUGGAACAUCUCAUCACUCCAAGAGAGGAAGUUAUGAUGUGUGUAGCUCCCUUGUGUUGUCCAAAAGAUCACAAUGUACAUUUGAGUCGUAAUGGACUUAGAUAUGUUUAUUAAUCCCCCUCACAUUAUGUUCAUUACUCUUGACUUCGCAUCAGAUUCUAAAUCUCCAUCAAGGGUAACGAAUGGGAGGUGCCUCAAGCACAAGGCAGGUCCCUUCUUUAAUGCUGCCUUUGCUAACCCUACUUUCAAUUUCUUCACCAAUAAGGAUUCAUAUCCCUUCACCAACAAGGGUCAACUAAUGGAUGGCUUUUACGACCCAUGUAGUCAAAUUCUUCAAUCCAAAUAGAGAAAGGCAAUAGCUUUAAAGUUAAUAGAUCACUUCUAGGUGGUGCAACUUUCCUUUAUCUAUUUAAUUCCUCUCCAACAAAAAUGCAGACCAUCCUUGAUGUUCUAUGUAAAAAUUUAUGUCUACAUCAUUGUAUCAAGCAUUUGUCGUGAUUUUUCCUAUAUUUAAUUGACAAUGGUAUAUUUUAAGGGUCAAGUUGUCUACUAUGGAUGAUUAUUAGCAUGAUUAUUAUUAGUAGAAGUAAUUAUAAAUAGAUAAAAAAAUAUUACUCUCACCAAUUGAUAUUAAUACCCAUAUGACAAUUUUAAGAAGGUUGAAUUUCAAUCGCUCACUUUUAACUUAUGUCCUUGAUAAAUCUUCAUUAUCAUGAGUUAAUAAUUAGUAAAUAUAAUGAGUUAAUAAAUAUAAUAGUUUUAGCAUUAACUCAUGAUAAAUAGACUUAUAUUUAUGUUAAAGUGUAAAAAAUGGUUUUCAAUUGAUUAAAGUGAAUUUUUAGGUAAUUAUGUGAUUUUAUAUGAAUUUAUAAUCUUACUUUUGAGAUAAAUAAAGAAAAAGAAAUUAAAAUAAAAAUAUAACAAAAUAGAGGGGGACCCACCGAUUAGCUAGGCUUGCAAGCAAGUUAGAAGCACAAUCAAGGAGGAGCCACGAGUAGGGGCUCAAGUGGCUAGGAUCGAUAGGGGCAUGUGUGCACCACUCCCCUUCCACAUUACUAGUGGCUAGCUAGUUGUGGGACAAGGAAUGAUCAUACACACAAGAGAAAGGGACUUGCUUGUAAAUGUAAUAUUACUAUAUAUUCAUUUGAAACUUUGGUGCACAAGCGAUGUAGUACUAAACUCGCCUCACACCUUCCCUAAAAAAGGUUUGAUGAUUUUAAUACUUAAAAUACCCCUUAUUUAUAAUAAAGAUAUAUCAUGAUGACAUCAUUUGAUAAAGGCAUUAGAAUACUUAUGUCAAUCUUUCUUAUACAGGUGGGCAACUAGUGUAGGUGUGAAUCUUCCUAAAGCCAAAACUCAUAUUUUUUAUCUCAUUAUUGUGACUUUCUUGCAAAUUACUGAUGAAGGAUUAAACUGUCAGAAUCACUAGAUUAUUGGCGAAAAUCUCAUCGACGCGAUUCGCAGAGUAUUGUUACUAAAAUUACUGAAUGAUUCGUGAUAAAAGGAUCGUGAAUCCAUCCAAUAAAACAUCUCUAAUUAAUUGAUGAACAAGUCGUCAUCAAGAAGAGGACGAUCCAUCGGGAGACUAGUGGCCACCUCUUGAGAACAUAUUGGAUGCAAUGAAGAGCCUCCUUGAUAAGUCUUUAUUAUCAUGAGUUAAUAAUUAGUAAAUAAUUUAGUUUUAGCCUUAAUUCAUGAUAAAUAGACUUAUAUUUGUGUUAAAGAAUGAUUUUUGGUUUUCAAUUGAUUAACGUGAAUUUUUGGGUAAUUAUGUGAUUUUAUAUGAUUUUUACAGUCUUACCUUGAGAUAAAUGAAGAACAAGAAAUAAAAAUAAAAAAUGUUGCAAAAUGAGGGGACUCGUCGGCCAGCCAGGUUAAAAGCACAGUCGGGGAGUAGCCGCGAGCAGGGGCUCGAGCAACUUAGCUUGAACCGAUAGGGACACGUGUGCACCACUCCCCUUCCACAACACCAGUGGCCAGCCGGUUGUGGGGCAAGGAGUAGUCGUACAUGCGAGAGAAGGGACUUUGCUUACAAAGUUAACAUUACUAUAUUUGCCCGAAAACUCAGCGCACAAUCAAUGUUGGACUAAACCCGCGUCACACCUUCCUCACAAGCGGGCGACUGGCGCGGGUUCGAAUCCUUCCAAAGUCAAAAUUCAUAUAUUUUUAUUUGAUUACCGCGACUUUCCUAUAGAUCGCUGUUGAAGGAUUAAGCAACGAGAAUCGCUGGAUCAUCGGCGAAAAUCUCAUCAAUGCGAUUUGCGGGACAUUGCUACUAAAAUUGCUGAACAAUUCACAAUAAAAGGAUUGCGAAUCCAUCGAGUAAAUCAUCUCUGAUUGAUCGACAAACAAGCCGUCGUCGAGAAGAGGACGAUCCGCCAGGAGACCAGUCACCACCUCUUGAGAGCGUACCAGAUGCGAUGAAGAGCCUCCUCUUGCUGCGCGGACUUGAGGAUGAAGCUCUCUGACAUGCGCCCCACCUCCAUUCAGCUCCUCUCCGUCGGGUGACAGCCGCUGGAGAGCCGCAAAGUCACCGUUUUUCCACUCCGCUGGGUGACAGCCGCCGGAGACGAUUCAACGACUCACUUCAUUGAUCUCUAGACUUCACGAGAAGAUCUAGAGAUUGCCCACGUUGUCUUUGUCCAAGGAGAGCCUUUGAGGCUGUGGACACUACACGAUGAUCCUCCCGAAUGCUCAGGAUUCCGGUGCAUCGCCGACGCAUUGCCGACGCAUCGCCGUCGCGACGCCGGAACUUUGUUUUCCUGCUUUUAAUUUAAUUUACGCUUCAUUUAGUGAUACUUUGUGUGAUUUUAAUUUACCAAACUAUACUUCGUUCAAUUACAAUUCUUCCAGCUUUUACAGAUCUUAAUUUGAUUAAUUAAGUCGUCUAUGAUCGCUUACGUAAGAAUUGCCAGGUGGAACUCUAUUUCUGCCUGAUUCACGUUCGCUGGGCGCUGACAUCAUCCUGACAUCCGCACCCUUAUUUAUUUUUUUUCGUGAAUUUUAAAUAUAUUUCCUUUUUAUUUCCUAGUAUAAAACUCAUAGAAAAUCGUAUUCAUUUAGAAAAAUUCUGAAUAAUUACUAG